CGCUACGCGCCGACGCGCUGUGCCCGUCUCCAACCCUUUAUAUAACAGGUCGCCAGACCAAUCGUGGAUCGCCCACCACUAGCAACCAAAACCCUGCGUCCUCUUAGCGUAGAGUGAGACGAUGGAGGCGGCGACGGGGACGGCGCCGCUGCUGCAGCCGCGCGGCGGCGAUGGGUCGACGACGACGACCAGGGGGCGCGCGAGGCGGGCGGCGGUGGAGUGGUGGGUGGAGUCGAAGAAGCUGUGGCGCAUCGUGGGGCCGGCCAUCUUCCAGCGGAUCGCGCUGUACGGGAUCAACGUCGUCUCGCAGUCCUUCAUCGGCCACCUCGGCGACCUCGAGCUCGCCGCCUUCUCUAUCGCCGCCACCGUCGUCGCCGGCUUCAACUUCGGAUUCCUGCUUGGCAUGGCGAGCGCUCUGGAGACGUUGUGUGGGCAAGCAUUUGGUGCCAAGAAGUACCAUAUGUUGGGCGUGUACCUCCAGCGCUCAUGGAUCGCGCUGCUCCUCUUCGCCGUGGCGCUGACACCAACCUACAUCCUCAUGGAGGACCUGCUGCUGCUGAUCGGGCAGUCGCCGGAGCUGGCGCACCUCGCCGGCAAGAUGAGCGUCUGGCUGAUCCCGCAGCACUUCGCCAUGGCGAUGCAGGUCCCGCUCACCCGGUUCCUGCAGAGCCAGCUCAAAAACUGGGUCACCGCGGCCACCGCCGGCGUCACGCUCGUCAUCCACGUCGUCGCAACGUACCUGCUCGUGCAGCGGUUCCAGCUCGGGAUCGUUGGGGCGGUCGUGGCCGCGGAUCUGUCGUGGUGGCUCGUUGCGCUGGGCCAGUUCUUGUACGUCGUUGGCGGCGGGUGCCCGCUAUCUUGGAAGGGGUUCUCGAUGGAGGCGUUUGCCGAUUUCUGGGAGUUCAUCAAGCUCUCUUUGGCCUCCGGUGUGAUGCUCUGCUUGGAGAACUGGUACUACAGAGUGUUGGUGUUGCUUACUGGAUACCUGAAGAACGCUGAAAUCGCUGUCGACGCACUCUCCAUAUGCCUGACGAUUAACGGAUGGGAGCUGAUGAUCCCCUUGGGCUUCUUGGCUGCAACAGGCGUGCGGGUGGCAAAUGAGCUAGGCGCCGGGAGCGGCAAGGGCGCGCGCUUCGCCAUCGUCGUCUCCACCACGACCUCCGUGUUGAUCGGCCUCUUCUUCUGGUGCGUGAUCCUCUACUUCAAUGACCACUUCGCGCUCCUCUUCACGUACAGCGAGGUCGUGCUCGGCGCCGUGCACAAACUCUCCGUGCUGCUUGCCUUCACCGUCCUCCUCAACAGCGUUCAACCCGUCCUCUCAGGCGUGGCUGUCGGUUCAGGAUGGCAAGCGUUGGUCGCCUACGUGAACAUCGGAAGCUACUACUUGGUCGGAGUCCCCCUCGGUGUCAUACUCGGUUGGCCUUUGAAUUUCGGAGUUGGGGGAAUCUGGUCCGGAUUGAUUGGUGGAACCGCCGUUCAGACGCUGGUACUGGCCUAUCUCACUACCAGAUGCGAUUGGGAUGAAGAGGCAAAGAAAGCCAGUACACGAAUGAGAGUAUGGCCCAGCUCAAAAUGAAGGUGCAGUUUCUUGCCUCACAGUGAACAUUAAUUGGAGCUCAACAAAACGAUCAUCAGUUAAUUUGGAGGAUUGAAGGAAAAAUGGGUAUAUAUACGGCUAUGAGCUCCAACCUUCAACUACAUUUGGAGGCAGGACUGCCAGCAGAACUUCGGAGCCAAAGAAUAAUGAUUAUAUGCGAUUCUUUUAGCCUUCUAAAAUUGCACUAAGGUUUCAAAAUCCAAGCGCCUAGGGCACCGUAAGCAAAGUUUGGACAGCAAUCAUUAGCCAUGUCAUCCCCCCAUUGUCUUUUGUGUUUUGUGAUAUUGACUAAUCCGUUAAUCCAUUACUUAAGACAGCACCACUAAUCACAAAAUUAAGAUGUCAUCAUGGGUUAUAAUUA